AUGCCUCCGCUCGGCCAUCCCUUGCGGGCAAGAGCCAUCGGGCUGUACAAGGAGCUCCAUCGACUGGGAAGGGAAUAUCCGGAUCCCAAGUACAACUUCUUGGGCAAGCUGCGCAGCAUGUUUGCCAAAAACGCUCAUCUGACCGACGACAAGGAGAUCAAGGCCAAGCUCGACCUGGCCGAAUUCGUCAAAAAGGAGACCGAGACAUUGUACUCGCUGAAGAAGUAUCGUACAAUGCGUCGUCGUUACGUUCAGGACUAG